AUGGCAGACUUUGCAGCCCGAAGACGUGAGAACAUCGAACACAACGCGCUUCUUCUGAAGGAUAUCAAGCCCAUUAUCCCCAAGACUGAGCCUAGCUCAACUGAAACCAAAACAAGUAGCAAAACUAGCAAGCGAAAAGCGAAUCCACCACGCGCCCCUACAAGACAAUCAAGGCGCAUAGCUGAGGCGGCAACAAAACCAACAUAUGAUGAUGACGAAGUCGACGACACGUCGUUGCGAAGAGGCGCUCCUCGCGUGAAAAGAAGCACCAAACCUACUCGAGCUCUUCCCGAAUCAGAUUCGGAUCAUGAAACCGACGCCGAACCGUCAAAGGAUGUGGACUCAAUGAUAGCUGGCUGGACAGCAUGGGAGCCUGAGGGUGACGAACCAAUUCGCGACGUCGAUGGAACACUUCGUUUUGAGACACAUCCUGAUUUCCGCCCCAACAAAUCACCCGAGGAGAUAAUUCGUGAGGGAAGCUUUGGCGGAUCCUACUGGCGACCUCUGUUCUCAAAACGCCUAAAAUUCACCGUCAAAGACGACUGGAAAGAACUUCCCGCAUCAUGGACAGCCGGCCUAGACGUGGAUACAUAUCUCACCAGUACCACUUACGAUCCAGAGAUCAAUAAAUACGGAGUCCAAUGUGGACAAAGCAUCGAGGAAUGGGAAGCAGCUGGCUGGAUCGCCCACGAGUACGAUGUCCGGGGUUGGUUUCAAUGGUACUGUCGGUUUUAUAUGGGUCGUCGCUGUGACGAUGAUGAGCGCCAGAUCAGUCGUUGGAAGAAAUGUGUAGGCGAGACUGGUCGCUGGCGAAGGAUCUUGCUUAAGAAAUACGUUACUCUUGGGAUACGGAGUGUUUUUGCUGAUGAUGGCGAAGAUGAGGAUGGACCUGAUGUGAGUCCUGUGGUGCAUCAGACAUGUCAUCACUGGGCGUAUGAGGUACGUCAGGACGCACUGGAUCGUUUUUGGGCAAAUGGAAAAUAA